GGUAUCAUAUUUUCUCGACUAAAGGUCGGUUCGCUUCCUACUGUGCAUAAGAAGCAGGAUCUGAGGUCAUAUUUUCACAGAAACUGUCUUGCAGCCGCCAUAAUCUAUCAAGCUUAUCCUGUCAGUGUUAAGUUUGCUCCUGCUCUGCUUUGUGCUCCAUUACGUAACUGACCUAGUUAACUUGAGAAAGCGAAAGAGGCGGUUUACCGGAGAAUAGAAGUUAAAAGGAACGUCCCCCGUGCGUGCUGGUAGUCUCCUACCUGUACAGGUAACAGAAAGUCUCCUGCAGCACAACGGGGAUUACAGUGCUGGCAAUGGCUGAAGCUAUGGUGCCCAGCUCGAUGUUCACCGAAGUUCGGGCCAUGUUUUUAAUGCUCACACCGACUGAAGCAUCUUUUCAGAAAGUAGAAGAUGUUCCUCGGUAUGUGCAGCAGGCCACUCCUGUCUUUGUGGGGCUGAUGCUGCUGGAGCUGGUGGUGGGUUUGCUGAAGACAGGAACCUCGGUGGUCACCAUCAGUGAUGGACUCACCUCCUUAUCUGCUGGAAUGAUCUCCAGACUCCCACACUUGUUGAUGAGAGGCUGUGAGCUGACUGCUUACAUGUACGUGUGGGACCACUACCGCCUGGUGGAGCUGCCCUGGGACUCUGCCUGGACCUGGUGGUUCACCCUCGUGGGGGUGGACUUCUGCUACUACUGGGUCCACCGCUUCGCUCACGAGGUGGCCAUCCUUUGGGCUGCUCACCAGGUUCACCACAGUUCAGAGUACUACAACCUCACCACCGCCCUAAGACAGUCCCUCACCCAGCAGUUUACAUCAUGGAUUUUCUACCUGCCCCUGGCUCUGGCUCUGCCUCCAUCGAUUUUCGCUGUUCACAUACAGAUAAACCUGCUCUACCAGUUCUGGAUCCACACAGAGUUGAUCAGAGACCUUGGACCUUUGGAGUGGAUCUUCAACACUCCAAAACAUCACAGAGUUCAUCAUGGGAGAAACCCUUACUGCCUUGACAAGAAUUAUGGUGGAAUUCUGAUCAUUUGGGAUCGAUUAUUCGGUACCUUUGCUCCAGAGACGGACAAAGUGAUUUACGGCCUGGUGUUCCCGAUCAACACAUUUGAAAUUGUCUCUGUUCAGUUACACUACUAUUUGGAUUUGUGGGAAAGGUCCAACACUUACAAGACUAUCAGUGACAAAUUGUCAACAUUCAUCAAAAGUCCAAGUUGGAAACCUGGUAAACCUCGGCUGGGUGAUCAUGUCGACAAACCUGGGGUUACUGGAGAAGAAGUGCGUCUUGAUUCCAGCUGGUCGCUGCCUUUACAAGUUUAUGUGGUUAUACAUUUCCUGCUGGUGCUGUGGACCUACCAUGAUUUGUUUGAAAACAAGAUGAUACUGUCCCAGUUAGCCAUUCUGGGGUUGAUCGGCUACAUUCUGCUCACCCUCACCUCCCUGGGCUUCAUCAUUGACCAGAGGCCCAUGGCAGCUGUCUUGGAGAUGCUUCGCUGUGUCGUCAUGGUGACAAUGCAGAGGUACAGCUACAUGAAACCCCCGUCUCUGUCACUGGCUGUGCCCACAGAGGCCUUUGUCUCCCUCUCUCUGCUGUACUGGGCUGUGCAGAGCUUCUCUCAGCUGCUCGGCAUCAAGAAGAAGGCAGACUGAGUCAGCACAGACUGAAUGCUGGGGAAUUUCACCUUUUGAAGCCUCAAUGGUUGAUAUAACUCCAGAGUAACAUAUUUUAAUGAUCUUAACCACAGUGUACAAGCUUCUCUAUGUGUUGUAUUCAUCAACUUCAGUUUUUACUGGAGGAAAAAGACAAAACAGUGAUUUUAGCUUCUGUUUGAUUCACUUUCUGUGUACAACUUAUUAAAGACUGUUCUAACUGGAGCUUAUCAUGUAAAUUAACCAUCGGUUUCUCAUUUUUUAAUCAAAUGAUGAAUUUCUUAUGAUAAAUUUCUUUUCUAUGCCUCUCCUGUGCUUUUGUAUAACAAAGGUGCUGUGAAGUAGUAAUCAGCCUGCAUGUUUGUACUGCAUUUCACAUGCCAAAGUGUAAAUGAUUUUUUGCUUAAACUGCACAUACAUCAUGAAACAUUCAGCUAUAAGCUACAGGUCACACUGAUGCCUGUUAACUUCACUUUUGACUUAUCAUAUU